UGCAAAUGUGGGACGGUCCAUGAUCAGUGGAGCAUGAAUCCUGACUGAGAAAAACAAGACCGAUGUGUGUGUGUCGGUUCAAUGUUAAAACAGAUCAGUGUGAAGCGUAUUUUCACGCUGUUAUUCACAACGGUUUUUCUUUCUGAAUCUCUGGAUCAAACAUCUGUAAAAGCGAUGGGGACGAUCGUACACCUUCUACUUUAUAGUGCUGUUGUGGCCGGCGCUCCAGCUGAGACCCUUUUUGAGGCGGACAGGCCCUUUGUGAGGGUACAGGUCCACCACACGGCCGAGCUGGAAUGCUGCUACAGCACCACAGACGAUUCACUGACACCGAGUUGGUACCAUCUUCUUGCCAAAGAGCAGCCGGUCGCACUCCCCAAGGGGCUCGAUGCCCACGCGGUUCAAGGGAGCGCGGCGGCCUCCGGCGGAUGGUGCGGCACCUUGACCUUCAGGGCGGUCCGGCUGAACGACACUGGGUUCUACCAGUGUUUUCUGAGUGGCAGUGGCCGUACGCUGGUCUCCCACGGCACCUACCUGCAGGUCUACAAGCCGAUGGACAAGACGAUAAACCUCAGCGAAAGCACCAAAAACAGGAUCCUGACAGUGGAGGGAGUCUUGCUGCUGAUCUGCGUGCUGGUGCCGUCUGCCACCCUUCUCCGCCAGUCGAGGAGACUAAAUGAACUGGAGAAGAAGAAAGCGAUGAAGGAAGAGGAAAACAUUUAUCAGGGGCUGAAUUUGGACGAAUGCUGGUCUGCGUAUGAUCAGAUCGAACGCUCCCAGGCUCAUGGCCCGUACCAGGAUGUGGGAAACGUUAGGGAGGAAGAGGAGGAGAUCCAGCUGGAGAAACCCUGAAGAAAAGGCUGAAGCUUCAGAAAGGGAAGAGUGAUGAGUUGAUUUUUAGGGCGGCAUUUUGAAUGUGCGAAUAAAACAUUUACGAUUGUAGCAUCUGAUAACAUUGGGUUAUAUCUUGCACAAAUUAUAGCCAUUUAAUCAGGUAUGUUUUCUUUCCUCUGGUUCAAAAGAAAAUAAGAAUAUAAUAGUAUACGAUUAAUCUCCUUUUGCAUGACUAUCAAGUGUAUGGAGCUGGUAGUGAUUUUAAGCUUUUCUUCAUUAAAAAAAAUCUAUAUAUAAUGCCUGUUUUGAUCUAACUGAAUGAAUGUACAUUUUUGUAAAUGC